ACCAGUGGUGGGUGGGACCGGGGCUGGCAGGUUCCUGGGAGAGGGAGCCCGGCGGCCGGCCCGAGCCCUGCUCACCACCGUGAGUCAUCCUCGCCCUUCCUCAGCGGGGACGUUCUUCUGGCUUCCCACGGAACAGCCAGUCCCCGGGCAUCGGCCAUGGGGCACCAGGCUGUGCCGUUUGGCCCCGUCCAGCCCCCAGGGCCUGGGCCUCCUGGAGGAGGUGGGCUGCAAAGGCUCGGGGUGGGGGCAGAGAGAGGGUGGCGGUGGCCCGCAGAGCACCUGUCCCCCUCCAGGCCCCCACCGCGCGCAGCUCGCCUGCCCGGGAGGACGUGCGUGCGGGAAGCCCGGCUGCUGGGCGCGGGGUUGCCUCACCACCGGGGCGGGGCCGGGAUGCCGGCGCGAGGAGUCAGUGGAGGCCCGCGCCGGGCGCCCUGACGUUUCCGGGGCUGGGCAGCAGUGGCCCAAGGAGGAGGAGGAGGAGGUCGGAGCUGGCCCCGCAGGACAGACAGGUCCUGGAGCUGGCCCUCCCCUGACCCACAGUGACUGGCCGCAUGGCAGGACCGGUCUUUGGGCGUGGACAGACAUGUCAUUGGCCUGACUGUGCGGGUCCUUGGGUGUGGCCAGUUCCCACCAGAAGGUGCCCCCCACCCAGGCGGGCUACAGAAAGCUGUCCGGCCAGUCCAAGGGUCUGGUGGACCAGGGUGGCGAUGGGCGUACGGACGGGCCCCUCUGGCCUUUGACUUCCUCCCAGCCAGCCGGAGAGGGCCCUGGGGGCCCUGACCCUGUCCCAACCCUUCUCCACACACCCCACACUGCUAUGCCUGUGUCCCCAUCACUGGGCAGGCCUUGGAAGGAGGUGGCUCCGGACAGGAGUGUCCAGGGCUGCCCACGGUGUCGUGCACCUCAGGGAGCUUCUGGUGGCCCAAGAGUGCGUGGGGACCUCUGUGCCUGUGCCUGAGUGCCCCUGCGGGCCUUCUGGGGCCGGCCACCACUCCAUGAUGAAGGAUGCUGCAGCCAGAGGGUCUCCAGGCCUCCGAGGAGGGGACAGCCGCCGGGGGCCGCCGCGGCGACUGCAUCGUCUGCUACUCGGCCUACGACCUCGCGGGGCACCUGCCCCGCCGCCUGUACUGCGGCCACACCUUCUGCCAGGCGUGCGUGCGGCGCCUGGACACGCCGGCGCACGAGCAGCGCUGGAUCCCCUGCCCGCAGUGCCGCCAGAGCACACCCACGCCCCGUGGGGGGGUGGCCAUGCUGGACCUCGACCUGGCCGCCUUCCUGGCCAUCAGGGCCGAGCGGGAGCCGCCCCGAGUGGAGCCCCGGCCCCCUGCACCCCUCAAAGGGGUCACCACCGUCACUCAGCAGCCGGCCACCCUCUGCCCCACCUUGGGGCCCCAGCCCCACUUCCCCCGGGCCAGCUGCUGCUGCUGGGGCUGCAGCCCCCUCUGCUGGGAGCCCCCGGGCCGCCCCGAGGCCUGAGCUCCGGCUGCGGCGGCUCUCGCCUCGCACCUGCCUCGGCACCUCCGAUGGAGGCUCACCCGCCCGGAGCAGCCUGGGGACUGAGAGUCCCGAGGGCUGCCCGCCACCGACACCCCAGUCGUGGCCCAAGGUCGGGGCAGCGGCCACAGUGCUGUGAGACUCUACAGGGACCAGCGGCCGCCUGUCAAGUCCAGCUGGGAUUCCCAGACCCCGAGCUAGCCUGUGCGCAGACACGGGGCGGGGUCGCUGUGGUGGGAGCCUUCUGUCAGCCCACCCCAGGCCUGGGCUCUGCUCGGAAGGCAGCGCCUCAGAGGGUCUGGUGGCCGGUCCCCGGGGCCGGCCAAGGCCGUUCGGGCCCUGCUGCAGCGUGACCGUCCCAACAUCUGAGUUGGGCGUGGAGGGAGGGCCACCUCCUCCAGGCAGCCCUGUGGAGUUCUUCCUCUCAACAAAGCUCGCUAACCCCCCCACUGUGUGUCCUCUGCUGUUCCGAGAGGGUCCCCUGCAGGCGUGGGUCACUGCUGUGAC